AUGCAUGACGUCUGGAUGGCUCGCAAGGCCGAGGAGAUCGAAGGGUAUGCCAACCGCAACGAAUCUAAGAACUUAUUUGCACAAAUCAAGAUAAUCUAUGACCCUACGGCAAAAAGAACCGUCAGGCCUCUCCAAACUGACGGAACAACACUUCUCAUGGAAAAAUCACAGAUUUUGAAGCGCUGGACUGUGAGCUUUAUGACCGUCCUCAACCGCCUAUUCACGAUUUCCGUGCCGCCAUCGAUCGGCUCCCCAAGUGGAGAAGGACACCGACCUGGAUCUCCCGCCUCCUCCACAGAACCCAUUCGAGAAGUUCAACAAUGCUCCAGUGGUAAGGCAGCGGGAUCGGGCGCGACCCUCGUUGAAUUUUACAAGCCUGACAACCCCCGGCUGGUGGGUCAACUCAAGACGCUAUUCAAGUAGAUGGGGGCCAAGAACGAGUUCCCCGGGAUUUCAAGAAUGCGACAAUCGUCUAUCUUUACAAGCAAAAAGGGAACCGCCAACUCUGUGAUAACCACAGAGGAAUCUCGGUGCUCAACAUCGCCCGAAAGGUCUUCGCUCGCAUCCUCCUCAACCGUUCACCGUCUAGAACAAGGACUUCUACUGGAAGGCUAGUGUGGCCCCUGACGACACUGCGAAGCCAUCGACAUGAUGCUCGCUGUCAGGAGAUACGUACCCACCUCUGCACCACCGUGUAUGUAUGGGAGGAUCACCACUCGACUCAAAGAGCUAUCUUCCAGCCAGUCUAACAUGCACCUCCAGUAAACUAAUGGAACGUAUUAGCAAAAGAUAUGCAAUGAACAAUCUAGAAGAAAAUGACGCACUGUGCGAGAACACUCCUGUCUCACGAGUAUUCUUCACUCAUGUGAGGAUGUGAAAAAUGUAGCGGACAGGGGCUCUCCAUUAGACUUUUUACUUUUAGCUUCAGGAACGUCAUCAAUAGCUAACUAUACGUACUUUUUGCAGGUUUUUUUCCAGAGCUGCCCAAAGUACCCAAAGUGCUGCCACUUAUAUUUAUUAUUUGAGGGUUUUUUCACUUUCGGCUAGAUCCGUACUGUAUCUCUUUUUUGAAGAUGCCUGUAAAAUGACCCGGAAGGGGACGAUGGAGCCGAAAACUCACACGAAAUAUCUAACGACUUCGGCCCAAAAAUCAUUCGGGAAUCUGCCUGGGCUAAGUUCCGCUUUCGUUAUGCAAGUGCUGAGAGUUUGUUCCAGAAGCUAUAUGAGCUGAAAGUGUAGAUAUCAUAUACGUAGCCGGAUGCCGUUUCUAUCACAGAGAAAAUGCACUCAAUGAAUACCAACUUUUUCGCCGAGACAGACUGCAUGAAAAAAGAGGGGGACCAGUGAUCUAUGUACGUCAAGAUAGAAAUCAUCGCGUCAGGACACAAAACUGAUUGCACCCGCGACCGUAAAGCAUUGUAGUUAAAAAUAAGGAUGCAUGGUGCACCUAAUCUGAAUUUCCUAACGAUAAACAGGCCUCCCAAUCAGACCGCUAGGGUUUACGAGGCGAUGCUUGGAUUAAUUAAAGAGGUGUCACAAAACCAAGAGGUACUGAUAACCGAAGACUUCAACGCACCGAUGGUCAGCUGGAACAAUUUAUUAGUAAAUACCUUUGAUCCCAGACCCUCGAAACUAACGGUUAGUCUCCAUCUGGUGCAGAAUGUCACGUUCCCAACCAGGAUCGGAGAGGACCAAAGAGCAAAUUGUCUGGACCUUACAAAAGACCCCAUUAGUCCGGGCGAACUUAGGUCCAUAGCGCCGCUUGGUAAGAGGGACCAUGUCAUGCUGUUUUAGGAAUACCGCCUAUGCUGCCAACAAGUCGAUGCGACUGAGCCCCGGCUAAAUUUCUGUUGAGAAGAUUUUGCGGCCGUGAGAAGUGAAUUAUCGGUAGUGAACUGGCAUGAUAUUCUUACCGGACAUUCAGAUGUUUAUUGGAACACUCUCAAAGGAGUUGUAACCGACAUCGUGCAUCGAAACUGUCCGACAAAGAAAGUCAAAAAGAAAAUUCAUCCUAUCUGGAUAGCGCGGACUAGAAAGAAAGAGGCAACCCGGAAGAAUAAACUAUGGAGAAGGUAUGCAAAAACAUCACAACCACCUCUUUAUGCACAGUUUCAUCGAAAGCGAAACGAAGCGAGGUCAACUGUCCGCAGGUUGCGGGAGGAGUAUAAAGCGCGAGUUAUGCAACGGUCCGUCGAUAAGCCAAAAGUACUCUUCAGUUAAAUCAACAGCAGGCUAAAGAAUAAUGAGAUGGUCUCAAUGUUGAAAGGAGAAAAAAAUGAGGAUAUCAUCCAAAAUGGUGUUAAGGCAGAACAUCUUAGCCGGUUUUUGGCAUCUGUUUUCAUCGAUUAAACGGACUUUGACGAGGCUGGAUUGGCUUUUAGAACAACCUACAAAAUAGCAGAAAACAUCGAAUUCACGGAAGAAGAUGUGAGGAAGCAACUUCUAGCGCUUAAAUAGUGUAAAUCUCCGGUCCAGACCAAAUUCCGGCAAAAGUUCUGAAGGAGCUGGCGUCGAACUGCAUAUUUUGCAGUUAUCCUUUGACGGAGGCAUUUUCACCCCUGACUGGAAAGUGGCGAAUAUGUACCCCAUUCGCAGGGGAGAACCAAAACAUGUGCAAAUAAUCAUCGUCCGGUGAGUCUAACGUGCAUUUGUUGCAAAGUUAUGGAGAGAAUAGUCAAUAAAAUCAUUAUGCAGUUCUUGGAAGAAAAAAUUUCUUUGAUAGUUCCCAGCACGGCUUUUAACGAAAUCAUUCCUGCUUAACUAAUAUGGUUUAUUCAGUGGAGCAGUGUUCUUGCUCAUUAGACGAAGGAACAAGGGUCUAUGUCGUUUACAUCGAUUUCAAGAGAGCCUUUGAUAUUGUUCCACAGCACCGGUUACUUUACAAGGUCCAAGAGUCUGGGAUAAGGGGAAACCUAUUAAACUGGGUAAAGGACUUUCUGACUGGCCGAUCACAGUCUGUGUGCAUUGGUAGUGCGAAAUCAACGCUAGGGCCAGUUGUGAGUGGAGUUCCCCAGGGCUAUGUACUCGAACCAGUAAUGUUUUUAACUUAUGUUAACGACUGUGUGAAUGGACUGGACUGCAAUGAAGUCAGGUUUGCCGAUGACAUCAAGUUAUGAUGAGCGAUCAACGGGGAAAUGAUGAACGGACCCUGCAAGUGGGACUGAACCACCCAUGCGAAUGGUCCGACAAUUGGCUGCAAAAGUUUAACUUUGAGAAGUGCGUCACACUGCGACUCAAAAUAAAUGGAAGAGCCAAUGGGGAGGAUCGCCAAUGUAUGCUUGGCGGAAGGUGCCUUUCAAAUGUGACCGGACAAAAGAACCUUGGGAUCAACAUUUUGUCGACUCUUAUGCCUUUCUCUUAAUGCGUUAUGGCGGCCAAAAGGGCAACCGGUGUUCUCUUUGUCACAAAACGAACUUUCACAGAUACAUACAAAGAACUAUUUGGAAAACUAUAAUGGGCGUUCAUUCGUUCGCAUCUGGAAUAUGUAAUCCAAGUGUGACUCCCGUGGCUGAACAAAGACCAUAAGUUACUGGAAAGAGUUCAGAGGAGAACAACCAGAAUCGUGAAAGGCCUCAAAACUUUACCUUAAAACUGCAGACUUGAUGAGCUUAAUAUACUUCCUCUCGAGUACAGGUAGAUCAGAGGAGAUCUCAUACAGGUGUACCGGAUUUUGAGGAACCGGGGCUGCGCCUUGCAUCUCGAUAAUUAAUUCGCCUUGGCCACAACAACAAACCUGCGUGGGAACUAGCUUAAACUUCGAGGAUCCCGAUGCUGCCUGGACAUUCGCAAAUACUCUUUUCACGGCGAGUUGUCGGUGCCUAGAACAGUCUUCCCGAGGACGUGAUGAUGGCAGAUUCCAUGGAGACAUUUAAGCAAAGAGAAGAUGUAUGUUUGCUUGAAAAAUGCCGCUUAUCUGGACAGAACAGCUCUGUUAUACCAAACCAACGUCUUGCAUAGACCUGCCGCCAAUGUGGCUGGUUGUCAGUUCAUUUUACCGUUAUCACCUAUAAUUGAGCGUUUACGAGUUGCAGUCCUGAAUUUUCAGGGCCAAUAUGCUGUUAAAUGUCUGCAUUACUGUUAACAUUCUAGUAGCGUGCUUAUUGAAAGUUAGAUAUUGCAUGUACAGUUUUCCAUAGGGUUUUGAAAGACAUUGCCUAUUUCCCUUAAAUAUACUGACCUAUUUGGGAAAUGUGAACUGAAGACAGGACGUUGGAGUGGAUCGAGAUUUUUCCGCCUAUAUCAUGCACCAGUGUGCGGCUGCUGGAUGGGCUCGAGUGAGAGCCCCAGGGCAAAACGUAAUGAGUUCCGUAAAAAGCAUCGGCGACCGCCCCUCGACCGUUGUAUAUUCCCGAUCUCAACCGACAGGGCAACGAAGUCAUGGCUUUGUGUUUAGGGACACUAGACUUCUAACCAACAGGUCGCGGGAUCGGACCCCAGGUGUUCAACACCUCAGGAUUGGGUAUGGCUGGCUGACGACGCCUAAUAUUCCAAAUACCACUAUCGCGCUCUCACUUGUUUUUGUCAGUAAUACCAUUCCAAGAGUUUUCUGUCAUCAGGAGUGCAGAGAGUUCUAGUUGCGACUUCUACCUCGGACUGAAUGGAGGUUGAAAUUGGUAUCCCACGAUGUUCUCUUAUAAGCCAACUACUCUUACUGAUGUGUGUUAAUGAAUGCGCCAAAACAUUGUACUACAAAACAGUCAUGUUCAUCGAUGAUGUGAAAUAUGGAGUAAAGGCGGCUGUGCUGACGGCACAAAAUGUUGAACUUGAACAUAAUUAAACUGAAUGUUCAGUCGCGUAGGAAGGCUAUAAGGUUCUAUUUGCACAGAUGGGAGGUCGUACGCUUGAAUGCCGGUCACAAAUUCUCUGCAGAAAGCCCAAGUUAAAUUAACAACACUGACUUAGAGAUGUGGAAGCAACCAACAAGCAGGCUUUGGGGAUAAUCGCGAAAAUGAUUCCGUCAGAACAUUCUAAGUAGGUGUUCCAGAAGACAACUAGUACUUUAAGUUGGACUAGAGGUGACUUGAAGUUAUUUCCUACUGAACUCUUUAAAAAAAUUUCCAACGUCUUCGUGAGAACCCAUCACCAUCACACAAUGGCUGUCUGGACGCAGUGAAUAACGAAAGAUAUUGGCCUACUUGAGCUGGUGCAACACAGAGCAGUGAAGAUGAUUAAGUAUCUUAAGGCGUUAUCAUGACUUGAUCAUUCGGGUUAUCAUACAAACAAUGAAUGCAUAAUGUUAGGGGGCGCUCGCCGAUCGUUCAUACGGAACUCACUCGUUCCGAUGUGCCUUAAAGGCUCUUUCUCGAGCCCAACCAGCAGCCGCGCAGCGGCGCAUGAUAUAUAAGAAGAAUGUUAUUGCCGACAAAGGCAAGGGAGACUGAAAUGACCAUUGUAUAUUCCCGAUCGAAACCGACAGGGCAACGGGCUCGUGACUCAGUGGUUAGAGGCGUGGACUUCUAAACCAACAGGUCGCGAGUUCGAGGCUCGGGUGUUCCACACUUCGGGCUUGGGUAUGGCUGGCUGACGACGGCUAAUAAGCCAGACAUGGCCAUUCCAGUCUCCCUUGUCUUUGUCGGUAAAAACAUUCUGCCAGUGAAUGCAUAGUUUGAUCUUGGCACUUCGCAUUAUCUACGGUCAUGGGUGUUCGUAGGACUGGAGGACUGUUUCGAAUUUACAAGCAUAAACUACCUAUGGCAGUCUCAUGCAUGUGAGGGGUGUGCUUUUUAUGGGUUGUACUUCUCAGUCUACGACUGACUGGUCAUCCCAUCUUUGAAGGAUGUUGGUCCAGACUGAAUGUAGGGCUGCGACUCACCCUUCAGAGCCUUAAGGAUUGUGUGCGUCUGUUAUGCCAUGAUUCAGAAAAACAUGGCCCUCGCAGCCUGGUGUGCGCUGGAAGUUUUAUGGCACAUGGUUCCCCGCCGGUGGAUGCGCUGGUGCCGCUGUUGGGUAUACAGGCAGUGUGCGGGAUUGCCCAGUGACUUGUGUCAAACUUCGCCUUCUGAUCCAUUUUUGUUGUUGGCUAAAAUUCCGGUCAAGUGUUUGUUGGGAACCAGGGGGUAUGGUGGCAAACCUAAGUACAGAUCCGGCAGUGUCAGCCACCUGCGUCUUCUCGACCUUGUCUUUUGGACUAUUUCUUGACACCGGACCCAAGCAAGGGAGAAGGAGAGGGCGCGGUAGAUGAUUUGCAAGUCUAGUACCACCACAAACUAAUUCAAGCACAAGUCGCUGUGCUUUCUCUUACCUUCCUGCGGAGCACGUGUGGACGCCGUCGGCAACGGAGGUAUAACUGGCAAAUAACCUAUGUGGUCCUCCUCACAAAUAAUUUACGUAAACGGUUUUUCGGACAAUUUCUCGCCCAUAGAUAAUCAAUCUACGAAACUCGUUGCUAAGUAUGACAGUGAUGACCAACACCGUCUUUCCUUUUAAAAUAAAACAUCGCUGCUUAUUUUUUGGCGCAGAUCGUCUUUCACAACAUGAUUACUUACAGCUAGCCCUAUAAAUUCCACCGUGACUGAGUACCGGCAAACGUCAAUACUUCUUUUUAAUUGUGUAGGCUUAUGUCUUGGAAACACUCUGAAUGUUUGCAAUGCUGUAUAACGCGAAAAUAUGCAAAUUACCCCAAAUUAGGAGUCUCCAAAGGUUCUGUCCGUUAUCCUCUACAUACCAAUAGAAAAACAUAGGAAGGAAAACAGAAUUCAGUUUGACGAUCACUUAAUUGGGGGUGGGGGUGGGGCGGGAGUGGGGCGGGAAUUCGACCCCAAAACAAUUUCCUCCCUGUCCACAAGCGUAGGAGGAAUAACUAUCUAAAACUGCCCCAAGGGAGGGCUAGAGAUUCUGCGCAGAAAAUGAUGAGAAAAUACACACGCUGUCUGAAGACUUAUUCAUAACUUUUGCAUUGGGAACCAAAUGCGCUCUAUAACUUUUUGGUCAAGAACUUUCCAUUAAAUGAAAAAUUUCUCAAGACCGAAAGCUGUGGUGUAGCGUUAUUUAGAGGGACUGGAGGUAAACGAGAUCCUGAGAGCACAUUCCGCGCAAUCCUACCUUUUAAAGUAAGUGCUUUUAUGUUGCGUAACUUUUUGUGCGUUUUUAAGCGUCAGUUCUUAAACACCAACCGCCAGAUCGACAGGACCGAUUCCCAGCUAUCAUCUUCAGAUGAAAUUUUGGUAGCGGCUGGGAAACUAUCAUUCUAUCACUAUCCUAAAUGCAUCAUGCAGAGAAAAAGGACCGGAAAUGUAGAAUCUGAGCUUUUCUUCAAAAGAUAUUUAUUACGGUGUCUGUGCAGGUUAUAUAAGGUCCCUGUGCGCUUGUGAAUCAGACAGAUGACAUAAACACCGCACACCAGUGUCCUAAGGAAUUAAACAGACACGUGUUAGGUAUCCACUCACAUCGCUCUUCAGAAUUUUAUGUCAUCUUUUUCAGAUCGACCUUCUUCAUGCUCUUCCAUGCAUUGAGAACAUUUUUGAAUCUUUCGUUUAGAUCUUCUUCUUCUUCUUCUUCUUCUUCUUCUUCCUCCUCCUCCUCCUCCUCCUCCUCCUCCUCCUCCUCUGA